AAACUGGCGAGUCUUGUCGAGGUCACUUCUUGUUCUCCAUCCACUAUCCAAUGCAGUGUGCGAUUGUUGAUUGUGCAGUGCUGAGCACGGACGCUGCGCGUGGCUUGCUCACCCGCGUCGCCACCGAGCUCCCUCAGCUCGCAGCAUUCAUUCCACAUCCGCACGAUCUCCUCCGUGUGCGCAGCGGCGCCGCUCCUGCCCCACGCAGUGCCACUGCCGCUGCUCCAACUGAACGAGCGGCAGCGACUUCUCGCGCCACUACUCCUCCGCCGCCCUCGCCGCUCGUCCACGCCUUUGCAACGCAGACCACUGCCUUCGUCAAUCGGCUGCAAGAGGAGCAAUCUGCCCUCCGAUCGCUGCUGCUCGACCCGCUCUACCGAUGCGGUGCCGCUGUUGCGAAUCAUGCCCAAACCCAGCAGCAGCAACCCGCAACAGCGCUCCCGACGGAUGCACGGAGGAUUACUGUGCAAAGCUCCUACGAGUCCUCCUCCACCGCUUCUGGUCUGCAGGUGUUGCACGGCGCCUUGACUGCCACGGGGCGAUUCUGCGUCCCGCUCGGAUCGUCGCAGGAAAAACCUGCCGCCGCUCCUGCACCGAUUCUGUCGCCACUGUCUGGAUGUUCAAACGGAUUCCCAUGCGCGGGUCUCCAGCCGAACAGUCCGCAGGCUGCUGCUCUUCCGGCCUGCUCUGGUGCGCUGCCCGCCCCCGACGUCAACUUUGACGACGUGCAUCGCCUCCUGCUGCGUGCGUCCAUUGUGUUUGAGUACUACCCGAUCUGCAACAUGGCAUGGAUUUCCUUCCUGUCUGUUCCAGAACAUGAGCAGGAUCGCUGCAUUGCCAUUCAGCUGGUUGCCGCUGCCACAAAGACAAUUCGCCUUUACGCUAUUGCCAGCGGUCACAGCCGACCCAAGGCCAUCCUCGCUGCCAUCGCUGCCGACGCAUCGUCACGCGUGAACGAGAGCUGUCUUGCUGCCCUGGGCUUUGCCUUUGUCAAGCACCCCGCUUGGGGGCUGCCCGCGAGCUUUCCACGCUUCCAGAGUGGCCGUGCCCAGUUUUUGUCGCUCUCGCCGUCCGGCCCGGCCAUGCCUCGUGCCCCUCAGGGUGGCGCCUCCCUGCCCUUCCCUGUGCGAAGCAAUGAGGGUGCCUUGGUCGAGACUGCCACACGUCUGAAUACCUCGAUUCUGCGCCAAUUCCUUGCCGCCGUCUGUGGAGCGACGCACCGCGAACAGGUCGCGUUUGAUUUGGCCGCCUCAUUCGGCCUUCCAUUUGAGUGGUUCCAGCUCUUGCAGGAGACGUACCAGUGUGAACUGACGCCCUCCCUGAGCGAAGCCACGGGCAAUGCGAGCAGACUUGCAUCUGCCGCUCCGUCGCAGCUCCGCAGCAAGCAGCCUCAGCCUCCGCACGUAGUCAUUCUUGGUGGAGGUGCUGCUGGCCUGUGCGCUGCUGCUGCGCUGCUUGGGCGUCGCGUUGGCGAAACCGGCACCGAGCCAGUCACCCGUGUGCCCUUCGUCGGCUCUACCCCUCCGCGAGUCACCAUUCUUGAAGCGGGCGAUCGUCUGGGUGGUCGACUGCGCUCGACUAACACCCUGGUAGACCGUCCAGUCUCGGUCGGCGGCGAGUUUUGCCACGGCGACCAAAGCUGUCGCUUCUUCAACUUGAUGAAGGCUGAAAAGUGGCAAUUCGACCAGCUGUGGCACUACGAGCCCGACCAACCGGCCUUUGCUGGCAUCAAGGUUGCGCUGGAUGGUGAGCUCCGUCCGUUCGACGACGAGAGCAAUCCCCACUAUGUCGCAGCGGGCCGCAUCUUGGACCACGUUGCCGCGCUUGGCGAAAAGGCCGCCAUCCUCGAUCUUCCGGACUCUCUGGCCUACAAGAAGCUUUCGGCGGAGGAGCGCACCCGCUGGGCGGAGGAGGUGGGCGAAUGGUCCAAGCUCUCUCUGCGGGCGAUUGCUCUCAAGUUCAACGCAACCGUUCAAACAGCGCAAAUUCUCGAUGCGAUCAGCACGCAAACGGCGGGUGCGCUCUGGAACACGCAUGGCGCGGUGGAGACGGCGCGCGAGGAUGCUCAUUGGCCGCAUGGCCGCGCAAACUACCGGCUCACCGCGACCAAUCAGCAACUUGUGGAUUCUCUUGUCGGCCAUGCACAAGGCGCAACAGUGCGUCUCAACUGCCAGGCGAAGGUGGUUGUGCACGAGGCUCCCGAUCGUUUCCGGAUCAUUGAUCAACACGGCGAUGAACUCGUUGCCUCGCACGUCAUUGUCACCGUUCCGCUCACCGUUCUCCACGACGAGGAUGUCGAAUUUGUGCCUGCACUGCCGCCAGCGAAGCAGCUGGCUCUGCAGCAGGUUUCCAUGAACUCUGCGACCAAAGUGAUGAUUCGCUUCUCGCGCCGAUUCUGGACGCAAGACAUUGGCGUCCUCUUUGCACCAGGCAUGUUCAUCCAGCAAGUGUGGAUGAAUGUUCCUUCCGCUGCGCCUGCCGCCAACGACGAGCAGGUUGUCAUCACUGGCUUUGCGUCCGGAUCGAUUGCUACUCGUCUGUACCUCAUGUCUCCCGACGAGAUUGUGGUCGAGUUUUUGCGCCAGUUGGAUGCGGUUCUUCGCACACCCACUCUGCCCAAUCCUGCCACGACCUACGCGACCGGUGCAGAAGUGUACCAUUGGCUAGACCACCCUUUCGUGCGCGGCGCUUACAGCUGCAGCACUGUCGGUGGCGAUCGCAGCGGCCGGCAGGCGAUUGCGCGACCGAUUGGUGACCGCGUUUUCUUUGCCGGCGAAGGCGCUGCUCUUGAUGCCACUGCCUGCAUUCAGCACGCUAUGGAGACUGGUGUGACGGCUGCCGACCAGGCUCUGGCGGCCUUGGCACGCGAACAAGCGACCACGCCUGCAUCACGGCUCUAAAAAAUUGUUCGUUCUCGUUUUGUGUGGUGUGUCGCGUCGUUGUUUUUGUUUUUUUGGAUUUCAGAUUAUCAUUUGCAAGCUUGCCUUGUGCAUCCA